AUGUUGGAAGAUGAAGCUGCGGAUAGUCUCACUGAGAACAAGGAAGCUCGAGCCAAAAAACUCUGGCAGAUGGCAGAUGCUGUUUGUUUCGAUGUCGAUUCCACCUUAUGCACUUGCGAAAUGAUCGAUGAAUUUGCGAAAUAUCUUCACUGCUACGAAGUCGUCAGAUUUACUGAGGGAACAAUGAAUGAAAAAGAACCAAAACUGACAUCAGGUGGUGAAGCUUUGGUUGCUGAAUUGCAUCGCCGUUUUAUUCCGGUUUAUUUGAUCAGUGGUAGCUUUUUUCCUGUAAUUCUUCCAGUAGCAAAAAUUCUUAAAAUUCCUGAGACAAAUAUUUAUGCAAAUGAGAUGUUCUUCGAUGAAAAUGGAUUUUGCAUUGGUUUUGAUGAGACAAGAGCAACUAGUGACUCAGGUUUCAAGGAUUUCGGUAAAGCGGCAGUCUGUAGAAAGCUGAAGGAUGAGAAAGGAUACCGGAAUUUAGUCAUGAUUGGUGAUGGUAUGACUGAUUUAGAAGCAUCCGCACAGGCAGAUCUGUUCAUUGGUUUUGGUGGGAAUCGAUGUCGUGAUGUGGUGAAAAGGAAAACAUUAUGGUUUACAUAUAAUUUCGGUACGCUUAGGACAAGUCUAAUAAAUAAGUAG